UCCCCCUCACUCUCUCUAUUUUUCUCUGAUUUCCUGUUCUCUUUGUUUCUUAUAUAUCUUUUCUUUGCCCGUCCUGUCCUGUUCUUAUGGUCACAUCUUACUCUGUUUCUUACAGGCAGUGGCACCUCUCAGGGAGAAGAUACGAGAACUUGAGCUUAGUUUUACCCAGAAGUACCCACCUGUGAAAUUCUUGUCUGAGAAGGACCGAAAGAGGAUUUUGAUCACCGGUGGGGCAGGAUUCGUGGGCUCGCACCUCACUGAUAAGCUGAUGAUGGACGGUCAUGAAGUGACAGUGGUGGAUAAUUUCUUCACUGGCCGCAAGCGCAAUGUAGAGCACUGGAUCGGCCAUGAGAACUUCGAGCUGAUCAACCAUGAUGUGGUGGAGCCUCUCUAUAUUGAAG